AUGUUAACUAAAAUAAGAAAUGUACUUCCUGGAGAUGAGGUGUCUUCUAAUGACUCGAAAUCUCUUGGUAUCCACGAAAACAAGGCCAUGAUAGUAGGGACCUUAUGCAGAGCAUCAAGGCAUCUGUUUGUAAUAUCAAAGACAAACAGAUAUCAUCCUUGCAUUGACGACAUUGUAAUAGGAAAGGCCAUUCUCACCUCCCAAGAUAUUCACAGAAUGGAUUUAGGGGGGAUGGUAGGGGUACUCCCAUCUCUUAGUUUCACCAAUGCGACAAAAAGAAAUAAGCCGGAAAUAAGUAAAGGAGAUUAUCUUUUAUGUAAAAUUGCCCGCAUGGGCAUCGAGCCGUUACUUACAUGUUUGGGAGAAGGCUUUGGAAAAUUGAACGGAGUUGUGCUUCCAUUAGACCCUUGGAAGGUACGUCUUCUCUAUUUGAGCACCGCGUUGUCCACAAUAGGAAAAAAGUACAAGUUUCGAAUUGCAUUAGGAUUGAAUGGGUUUGUUUGGAUUGAAGCAGAAAAAGAUACCGAUAUAAGAGAUAUAUACCACCUUCUGCAUGAAGAUCCACAGGCCAGCCUUUCAGCAUGA